CCCUCAGGUGCGUGUAACAUAUCUGGGUGCAGGAUCUUUGAGUUGUGCAGGAGGCCAGAGGGAGUAGGGGUAGGGAAAGCUGCGACAAAGUGGCAUAUGAUUUGGGUCUAAAAGGAUGACUGGGAGUUUCCCAGGAAGGACAGAAGGAAGAAUAUAGAUCCCAAAUGCAGGCUGACCAGGAAGGACAUGAUGAGUUGGGGAUGACAACAGGGUAAGUAGAGGUGGAAUCGCCAGGAAUGUCAGUGGAAACAGAGGUUCGGGCUUGAUUCCGAAGGGCCUGGUUUGCUUGGAUGAGGGGCUUCAGUGUUUUCAGGUGGGCAGUAGGAAUUGUUGGAGGUGUUUAGGCAGAGACGCAAUAUGAUCAGAAGUGCAUCAUAUAAAGACGGCCGUGACGCGGUGUGGAGCCGGAGUGGGCGGAGCGUGUGGGUGAGGGUGGAGACCGGAAGAGGGUGGGGGGCUAGAACAGGUCCUGUGGGGCUGCAGUGGAACCAUCCCUUUCAGACCCUCUGACAUUGCGUGUACAUAGGAGGAAAUAGAAGCUGAAGUCGAGGUGAGACGUUUCUUUCACAUGUAAGGUGACUCCUCUGAUUCCUCGUCCUCGACUCUAUAGCCCCAAUAUUGCCAUCCCUGGGUUAUUCUGCCAACUACCACUUGAAGACAACAAAGAAAUGUUUCAGCAGGAUUUUAAUUUUCCUUCUACCUGUGUUGUCUCCACAGUAUCUCCCAAAAUUGUAGAGAUUUCUUCUGAUAUCUCCAUCAACGAAGGCAACAAUGUCAGCCUCACCUGCAUAGCAACGGGUCGACCAGAGCCGACGGUUACUUGGAGACACAUCUCCCCCAAAGCUGUGGGCUUUGUGAGCGAAGAUGAAUACUUGGAGAUCCAGGGCAUCACGAGGGAGCAGUCGGGGGACUAUGAGUGCAGCGCCUCCAAUGAUGUGGCUGCCCCAGUGGUGCGGAGAGUCAAGGUCACCGUGAACUAUCCUCCAUAUAUUUCAGAAGCUAAGGGGACAGGUGUCCCCGUGGGACAGACGGGGACGCUGCAGUGUGAAGCCUCUGCGGUUCCCUCGGCAGAAUUCCAGUGGUACAAGGAUGACAAAAGGCUGGUUGAAGGAAAGAAGGGGGUCAAAGUGGAAAACAGACCUUUCCUCUCCAAACUCAUCUUCCUCAACGUCUCUGAACAUGACUACGGGAACUACACGUGUGUGGCCUCCAACAAGCUGGGCCACACCAAUGCCAGCAUCACACUGUUCGAAGUCAAAACCACAGCUCUGACCCCUGGGAAAGGUUGGUAUGCUUACUUUCCAGGCAGCUGCUGCCUUGGUGGGCUGAGGUGCCCAAGACUCUUUGCCUUCUUACAAGAUGCCUUUUCUUCUGCACUAACCCCAGGAGGCAGCCCGGUGGGAACCGCCUGACCUUGGGCCGGCCCGGUGUCAAUUCAGAUUAACUGUCCCCAAGGACAUCUGAUUCUCCCCGGGUGCCUCCCCUGCAGAAGUCUAACUUGUCUUUGCUGCCAGAACUAAUGAGGACCUGUCAGUGCCCCAAAUAGCUCCAUGUCUGGGCCCCUCUGUACCAGGCCCGCCUCUUUCCUUUGCACAUGGAUGCUCUAAUGCAAUGAUCUUCUUAGACCUUGGCCUUGCAUGCUGGCCUCUGCUUACCCCAUUCUCUCUUUCUCUCUCUCUAACUUGGAGCUGGAAGGGAAGUGGCAGGAGGGAGGGGAAAGGGGAAGGAAGGGGGAGGUUCUUGGGUGAGUCACUUGGCUACAAAUAAAUUGCAUCUUAUUUGAGGCUUUCAUUCCAUCCAGAUGUUUCCGAUGGAUAAUUGACACUCAUCACAGUUCUCCGGGACCCUAAUGGUCCUGGUGAUUAGUCUCUUUAGGCCUCCAGAGCUCUAUAAUGAGAUUGAGGCAAUAAAGGCAUUCCACGCAGAGUGGAAGCAUGGCUGGAUGAAGAGCAGAGACCUCAUCCGUGUGGCCGAGUCACCGGGCAGGUGGGCUGCACUGUCGCUCUGGCCAGCAAGGGCUCUGAGAGGGCCUUGCUCCAGGAGCUUGGGAUCCUAUACCUGCCUGGACAGCAGGUCCUCCUCGCAUGGCGAGCUUGCUGUGCCGGUCAGUGUGCGAGGGCCUGUGUGCUCCCCACCUUGACCCGUGCCCAGCGGGGCAGGUCCUGUGGCCUCGCGCUCUGCUCUCCUCCUCGCUGGAGAUGUGCGAGUUCCACAGAGCGACAGCGCCGAGUUAGUGGAAAGAUAAUUGUAUUUGGAGACAGAAGUCAGGGGACCUUGGGGCAGCCACUUAAGGUCUCCGAGGUUGAGUUUCCACACGUUAGGGCGGGAGAUGAUAACCUUCAUCUCCUACGUGAGGGGAUUUAUGGGGCCGGAACCCCUUUCCAGUUGCAGGCCCUCCACCUAGAAUUUUAACCAAUAUGGCUUUACUUCUGUGAAUAUCUUUCCUCAACCACAAGAAUUUUCAGUGACUUUUAUUGGAAAUAGUUCGAAAUAGGGGGGAAGGGUGUUCAGACGAGAAAAUGGAGGUAAAGCCAGAGGCAAGGUAGGAGAGAAUGUUUUGCUUUGUUCUUGGUUUGGUUUGUGGGUUUCUUUCCAAGUAGAAUCUUAAGAGAAAGAAAAACAGAGACAACGUAAGCAUGGACAUGUAGCACAGGUCACGAUGUUCUGGUUCCUUCCUUCUUUCAACAAAGGUUUAUUAAAUACCUGUUGGGGGCCCAGCUAGGCACAGACCCUGCCCUUAUGGAGCUCACAGCAUAGGGGAAGAAAUGCAUGUGAGACACAUAAAGAUAAUUGUAGGACAGGGUGGUGCAUAUUUUAAUAGUGGGAUGUGUAUGGUGCUGUGGAAGCAAACCAGAGUAAGUCAAGGAAGGCUGCCUGGAAGAGGUGACUGGGGCCAGAACAGAACCUGGAACAAGGAGUGCGAGUGAGUCAGGUGAAGAGCAUUUCAGGCAGAAGGUGCAAGGAUGGGAAUUAAAUAGGCUGGAAGGUACGCGCUCGUGUGCGCACACGUAUGUGUGGUGCCCGCCUGCUGGUGGGGGCGGGGCGCGAGGCUAAGGAGGCAGAUGACAGGCAGACUAGGAAAUGCAGUGCGUGUCCUACGGAGCAGCUGGGAGGUUUUGUAAAGGCUGAAGGGAUCCAAUCCAUCUGUGGUCUGAUCAGCUUGGAGUCACAGACACAGCAGCCUGGAGGUGGCACAAGGAGUCAACCCGAGGGGUCCAGGCGCAGGUGGCGGAGAGCUGGUGCACGUCCUCUGAGAGGAUGUGAGGAGACCCCGCCUCCGGGUUUCUCCAGGUACCACCCCUGUUUCCUCCUGCAGGCAGCUGUGUCCUGGAGGGAGGCUGGGCGGGGCAAGGGGAGGGCGCUGGGGGGGGCGAGGCCAGGCUGGAAGUGGUGUCCAGGGGAGUGGCAGCCCCGUGGACCCACCUUGGCCAGGAGGGUGGCCGCGGAACAUCACACAGGGAGGGCCCCCGGCACACCCAGCGGCCUUUUCCUUUCUUCUCUGGGAGGAGUUCUCUGACAGGGAUCCAGGCCCCCUCCCCACAGGCUCCCUGCGUGCGUCCCAGGGCACAGGCGGAGCCGGAGCAGUACAGGCAACCCGGAGCACCUGCCACGCAAGGCCAUUGCCAGGUUCCCCGGGCACUUUUGCCAGCUCCCUGCCGCCACCUGCGGGGCGUUGCAGACUCCGUGGCCGGCAGACAAGGUUCCUGACUUUUCUGAGCUGGUAAUCAAGCCAGGCCCCUGCUGGGCUGUCUGCCUGGCGUGUGCAUCCUUCAUCCUCCUCCCUGGAGGCGUCCGCUGGCCGGGCAGCCCAGAGGGGUGGAAGGCGCCAGAGGCAGAGAGCAUCUCCAUGCGGGAACUGGCGAUGUCCCCCUUCGCUUACCAGGAGCGGGGACGGGAGGGCUGUGUUGGGGGGCAGUGGGGAGUGGGUUUCAAAGCUGUGUGAGCCAGUGUUCAGGAGAGAAAAGAGGUGAGAGAGGAGCCCUGUAUGAACAGAUGCGUGUCUGUCCAGUCGCCAUGAGCCAGGCGUGCAGGAUGCGUUUGGAAUCGUGGAGCAGUGUGCACCUGGGGAGCGGUGCAGCCACCAACCCUCCCGUCACACUUGGAACCCAGCUGCUCCCAGGGACUCAGAACAACCUCCCUGUCUCAGAGUUGGCCUCGGGCAGAGGCAGGGGUCUCCUGGAAGGAUCCUGGAGUGGUCCAGAGAGGAAGGGCUUUCUCACAGGAGAGGAACAGAUAACUCCUCACUCUAGAAGCCCUGGGGCUGGCUUCUCUCCGGAGAUUCCAGAGACUGCUGUAUACAUAGCAGUGAUUGAAUAUAAAGGCUAGAGUUUCUGGUGGUGGUUUAUAUAGAAACAUAGUAGUUAGAUUUCAGAAGAUGCAACCAAUUGAAUGGUCAACAAUAAGCAAGUCUGAAUGGUGCUUCUCGGGGAUGCUCCUUUGUCACGGGUAUCCCAGUGGACUGACAGAAGGAGAGCGUUCAGUUUUGUGUUGCCCAGACGUUCACCUCCCCGGCGGGGAGCAGAAGAGGCGUCUCUUGUCCUUCUCCUCAGGAGAACUUGCGCUGCCAAGAAGUUCGGGCCUUGGGAGCACUGCUGUUGGGGAGAAAGAAAAUCUCCUCUAUCCUUCUAGGCUCUUCUUGCCGGUCUAAAACUUAAAUUGACAUAAGACAGAGUAACAGGAGAAAAUAAAGCAAAAAUUUACUAAUAUGUAUACAUGGAAGAGGCCUAGGAAAAGUGAUUAACUCACCAAAAUGUCCCAAACCCUCACCUUAAAUACCACCUUCAGCUAAAGACAAAAGAGGAUG